CCUGUGGGGCUGGGGAGCCCCGCCAGCCUCCCUUUUUAUGCUCCCCCGGCCCCAAUGCUGGGAAUAAUUUAAGACGCGCCAUGGGAGACUUGAAGUCGGGCUUCGAGGAGGUGGACGGCGUGCGGCUGGGCUACCUGGUGAUCCAGGGCAAGCAGAUGUUCGCCCUCUCGCAGGUCUUCACGGAUCUGCUGAAGAACAUCCCGCGCACGACGGUGCACAAGCGCAUGGACCACCUGAAAGUCAAGAAGCACCACUGCGACCUGGAGGAGCUGCGGAAGCUCAAAGCCAUCAACUCGAUCGCCUUCCACGCCGCCAAAUGCACCCUCAUCUCCCGCGAGGACGUGGAGGCGCUCUACACCUCGUGCAAGACCGAGCGGGUGCUCAGGACCAAGCGCCGGAGCCAGGGGCCGGCCCCCGCUUCCCCCGGGCCCGACCCCUACGCGGCUUUCUGGAAAGACGGCGGCAAACUUUGGCUGGGCUUGAAUGGAGCCGCGGCGCCCAAGAGGAAAGCGUGGCGGGCGGCGGCGGACUCGGGCGCUUUCCUACCGGCCUCGGAUCUACCUCACAUUUGGAGCAAAUCCCCCGGGCAGAGCUCGCCGGGACUGGCCCGGUCGCAUCGCAAAGGGGUGGCAAACUAUGAAACUGGCCCGCUGGGGCCCCGCUACGUCUCCCUGGCUUCGCAACCGGCUUACUUUCGGAGCCUGCUCUGCUCCAAGCACCCCCACUACUACUACCACUCAUCGGCCGCCAUUGCCAGCCAGCCCAAGCUCGCCGCCGCUGCAGCCUCCGCCGCCGCCGCGAGAGGUGGCCCGCUGGCCCUGGGGUGCCGGGCCAAGCGGAAGAAGGCCGUCGAGGGUGGCUCGCCGGGCGGCUGCGGGAGGCGCCUGCUGCUCCUGCCCCGCGCCUGCAAGCUGAAGGGCGCCCCGACCCCGCGGCUGCCCGGCUUGAGCGGCUUCCUAGCGCCGGGGCUGCCGACGCACCCCCACCCGCCCUUCCCGGAGAGCUACAGCAGCGACUCCGAAUCCAGCUCCUACUCGGACCCCGCGGCCAACGACUCCGAUUUCUGCUCCAGUUUGUCCAGCACCAGCAAUUCGGCUUCUUCGGAGGAGGAGGAAGAGAGCUGCGCCUCGGAUUCCAGCGAGCUGAGCUCCGAUGAGGACGACGACGACGAAGAAGAAGAAGACGACGAGGGGAGCAGCUCCGAGUCGGACUCCAGCUCGGGCUCCAGCCAGGUCUCGGUGCAGAGCAUCCGCUUCAGGCGCACCAGCUUCUGCAAGCCGCCCGGCCUGGCGCCGGCCGCCCUCCUGUACCACCCGCACUGGGCCGGCCGCGAGGAGCCGGCGAGGGUCAUCAAAGCCGAAGCGCCCGAGGAGGAGGACUGGAGCCGCUGGGCCCCCAAACCCGAGCCGGGCCUGGCCUGCCUCAAGCCGGGCGCGUGCUUCGCGGGGCUGGCCCGGGGGGGCUGCGAGGAACCCCUCCCGGCCGGCGGCUCUCCUUCCCCCUCGCUGGACCCCGCCGCCUUCCCUUCGCCCGGCCCAAAGCUCAGCCAGGCUUCGCCCCAGCCCAGGUUCCUGCCGGAGGCCAGGAGAGGCGGCCCCGCCAGCCCCCCGCCUCUCCUCCCUCCUCCUCCGCUGCCAGCGGAGGUCCCCGCGGCCGCCCUGGGGGGCUUGCCCAGGGAGUCCCCCGAAGCCCCCGCCCGCCCGGACUGCCGAUGGUCCCCCUGCUCGGACUGCUCCUUCUCCCAAAGCCCGCCCGAGGUGGCGGCCUCUGUGGCUGCCGAAUGCCCCGGCCCCCCUGCCCAGCUCUUGCCUCUUGUGCCCAUUGCCCAGAUCAAAGUCGAGGACAGCAGCUCCAACGCCGAGUAUGGAGCCCUCCCGCUGCCCAGCCCCGGCCAGGCCCCGCUCAAGUGGGAAGCCCCCCAGGAGCCCAAGCUGGAGGCCGACGGCGGGCCCUCGCCCCCGGCCAGCCCCGGCCAGCCGCCCCGGGAGGACCCGCGACUGCCCACCAAGGAAGACCCUGCCUGCACUGACGAGCCCCCCAGCCCCUCUUCCAGCCCCCUGCCGCCGGCCCCCCCAAGCCAGGCCCUCGCCGCAUGCACUUUAGGCACCGCAGCCGCUGCCAAACCCGAGGAUGGGGAAUACAAAUUUGGAGCCAGGGUGAGGAAAAACUACCGGACUUUGGUGCUGGGCAAGAGAGCCGUCCUCCCCAGCCCAGGCCCGCUGAAACCAAAUCUGAAAACAGCCCGGAGCCCCCGGCCGCCCCCGGGGAAGCUCCUCGAGGCCCCUGAAGGAGCACUGGAUGACUUGGCCGUUCUCAACCGGCGCAAAAGGGUGGCCAGCGCCGUCGCCUCGGCCGUGAAGAGGCCCUUUAACUUCAUGGGCAAUUUUCCCUGCCCGCCCUCCUUGGUGGUUGGCCUGGAUGGGGAUUUGUUGCCAGCCUACACCUUGAACACAGCCAAGGAUGCCCAAACGCCUCCCAAGGCCCAUCCUGUCUGGAAAUGGCAGCUGGGCGGGGCAGCAAUACCUCUUCCACCCAGCCACAAAUUCAGGAAAUUUCAUUCAUGAGUGAGAUUAAAUGGGAACACUACUUUGUUAUU